UGCAGGGCACAAGAAAAUGAAAGUCAAGAUUCUACGUGGCAUGCUGUUGCUUCUUGGACAUGGGAUGCCCAAGAUGAAACUUGUGGUAUUUGUAGGAUGGCUUUUGAUGGUUGUUGCCCUGAUUGUAAGCUCCCUGGAGAUGAUUGCCCUCUGAUCUGGGGUUCUUGCAACCAUGCUUUCCAUCUCCACUGCAUCUUGAAAUGGGUAAAUUCACAAACUCCUCAAGCACAUUGUCCGAUGUGCCGUAGGGAGUGGCAGUUCAAAGGAUAACUGGUUCUUGCUCAUGGCAUAUGGCCGUGGCCGUCGACUUUAUUGCUAGUGUUCCUGGCAUAUACUUGCUUGUGCAGUCAUGUGUAAGGUCUUCCUAUCCACAGUUUACAUAAGCUUUACACUCACUCACACUUGUAUUUCCUAUCCACUUUAAGGUGCCGCUGAAACGGGAUGAUUUCAUUCUUUUUUUUCAGUAUUCACAAAUUUGAUGACGAGAAUUGUACCCACAUAGAUGAGUGCCGACAAGUUUUUAGGUAGUGCAAUAAUUCAGCAAAUGACACAUCACAUGACCAGUUCGCCCUA